AUGAAGGAUUCUGAAUGUCUCGCCCUCUCCCAGUCUUCAACCAGUAUCGCCACAAAUCCACACGGGCUCCAAUACACUUGUUUCUGCCAAACGGGCUUCUCCAUCGUCGCUGGCAAGCGUCUCAACGCAGUCGCUACGAUGCAGAAGUUCUCUUUUGGUCUACAGACAAUAUACAUCUUUAGGGACCUCGUCAUCACAGCCAUGCUAUUGCCCUCCACCGGUUCAUUGUCUGCCAUUCACCGAUCGUGGUCGGGUAGCCUGCGAGAGUCGAACAGUCCGUUAAGAGCUUCAGACAUUCGAGUGGUCAAUGUACUCGAACAGAGAGGGAACCCGAUAUGUGGCGACUGGACUGGGUACAUAGACCCACACCCUAUCUCUUAUGUACCAUUGUAG